UCGGCCCGCGAAGUCAUCCUCCACCGGACCUUUAUCGAUCUGUCAUGGCUUGUUUUUCUUGGAUCGACGCUUAGGGUUAGGGUUAUGGUUAUGGUUUCUGCAAUGGCGUCCGAACUCAAUAGCCUCACCGGAGCCAACGGAACCCGCGAAGACACCGUCAGCGUCUCCCCUGAACGCGGCGCCACGCUGAAGGACGAGCAGCCGCUCCUCAAGUCCGACCCCCCCGCAGCAAGCCCAACGGCCGAGAGCAUUGAGGAGUUGGAGCGAAAGUACGCACCGUAUGUGCGGAGGGACGCGUACGGGACGAUGGGGCGAGGCGAGAUCCCCGCGACGGAGAAGGUGAUGCUGGGGAUCGCGGCGGUGACGCUGGUCCCGAUCCGCUUGGUGCUUGGGAUGUUGAUAUUGGUGAUUUACUACCUGAUAUGCCGGAUUUGCACGAUGUUCUCCGCUCCGCAUGAGGAGGAUGGGCAGGAGGACUACGCCCAUAUGGGUGGGUGGAGGAGGGAGGUGGUGGUCCGAUGCGGGAGAUUCUGUUCUAGGGCAAUGCUCUUUACGUUUGGUUUUUAUUGGAUCAAAGAGACUCACAGGAGCAUUGGAAACGAGGAUGGCUGCAGAGAUCAGGCUGAUGAAUCGGAAAGACCAGGUGCAGUUGUGUCUAAUCAUAUUUCAUAUGUGGAUAUUCUCUAUCAUAUGUCAUCAUCCUUUCCAAGUUUUGUUGCAAAGAGAUCAGUAGCUAAGCUUCCCCUAGUUGGUCUCAUCAGCAAGUGCCUUGGUUGUGUCUAUGUUCAACGAGAGUCUAAAUCCUCCGAUUUUAAAGGUGUUUCAGGUGUGGUGACAGAAAGAAUCCAAGAGGCCCAUGAAAAUAAGCUUUGCCCAAUGAUGUUGCUCUUUCCAGAGGGAACAACAACGAAUGGUGAUUAUCUUCUUCCAUUUAAGUCUGGUGCCUUUCUGGCAAAAGUGCCAGUCCUUCCAGUUAUUCUAAGAUAUCCUUACUGCAGAUUCAGUCCAGCAUGGGAUUCCAUAUCAGGGGUACGCCAUGUUUUCUUGCUUCUUUGUCAGUUUGUGAAUCACAUUGAGGUCAUCUGGCUGCCUGUUUACUACCCUUCUGAGCAAGAAAAGGAGGAUCCCAAACUCUAUGCUAACAAUGUUAGGAAAUUAAUGGCUACCGAGGGUAAUCUAACACUUUCAGAUAUCGGGCUUGCUGAGAAACGAAUCUAUCAUGCUGUGCUGAAUGGUUUAUGUGUCCAAAGCUAAUUGGGAGUCUUAUUCUUCUAUAAUUUAUAAGAAUUAAGCAUAGAAAUGAAAGCAAUAUUAUGACACUGUAUUUGUUUGUCAUGCCUCACAAUCUGUACAGCCUAGUACAUGCUCAAGAAAUUUCUUCCAGGGAGCAUCUGCUACCAUCUGAAUCUUCUUAGAUGCUCCACCAGAUUGUUGUUAUUCCCACAUUUUUGGACACAAUAGUCUCAGAGAAACACAGUUCCACUUGCUUAUAGAUAGCUCGUUGAUUAUUCUUUUAUUCAAGGUAUAGCAAUUUGUAGUACUUUUUUAUCUUUGAAACUGUCUUUUAGAUCUCAACUUCCACAAUGGAAACUGUUACAAAUUGCUGCUAUUCACUGCUGUGUACAUUCAUAUCGAGCCAAACUCAGCUUACACUUUUA